AGAGAAAUGUUAUUAACAUAUUUCUCUGCAAUAUCUGAAGCAAAACUAUAUUUUCAGUUUCGUUGAAGAUUUCAAAAUGAUUGUCCAUAUUCUUGUUUAUCUCUUCUUAAUACUAAAUAAAUCAUAUUCACAGGAUAGCGAUAAAUUCUAUGUAUCAUGUUCACAGGCAAUAAUAGAAUCGAAACAAAAUUUUGGAUUUUUUCAAAUGCAAUUUCAUCCCAACUCUAAAACUGUUAAUAUUUCUUGUGAAAUGAUUAACGAUACAUUAGGAACUGUGUAUCUAGAUAACGAUUCUGAAGAGAUUGAAGAAUUGAAUAAUGAUGAUAGAUACGAAACAAAGUAUUCAUUCAAAAAGCUAAUAACCUAUGAAGGGUUAUCUGAUAAAGAAGUUGAUAAGUUUUUAGAAACCGUACACACCUGUUCACAAGGCAUAAAUUACUGGGCAUAUGGAUCAUUAAAAACUGACCAUGGCUUCUUAUUUUGGGAUGGUGCUGAGUUUGAAGCUGAACAAUUUACGGAUGGCAUAUGUAAUUGUUUUUCAACUACAAAAUGUUUGGACGAGCUUUCCCCCACAGCAGGAUUUUACAAUGAUAACAAGCUAGUUUGGACAAAUGAUUCGGGUAUAUUUUCAGUAAAGUCGUCAAGGCUACCGUUAAAACAGAUUUAUCUUGGUGAUGUUGGGGGUGCUGCUGAACGUAUCAAAUAUAGUAUUUGGAAAUUGAAAUGUACAUUCCCCCUUAUUUUAGUGAAACAAAAAUUCCCAGUUGAUGUGUGUGGUAAUAACAAAUGGAGUGUAAUUAAACAAAAUCUGUUUGAUAAUGAUCAAAGUACAUGUCUGACCUUUACUGCCAACCCCCUGCAUCUCACUAUAGAAACUAUUAGAAUAUUCUCAAAAUUUAUAAUUCAUGGAAAAGAUUUCAAUACUCAAAAGCCAACUUUUGUUGUCUAUGUCAAUGAUGAAUCACAAUGUAAGGAAAGCUUAGGCAAAGUCUUUGAAUGUUUGCCAACAAAAUUUGUUAAUUUGCAAUUGUACUUGGAAAAAUCUGUAAAUUAUAUUGAAUUGUGUGAAAUUCAAAUUAUAUAAAAUAAUGUUAAAAGAGUAGUUUAUUUAAAUGUUUUAUUUCUUUUACAUUUGC